AUGAGAGAGAUAAGAGAAGCAGAGACCCCAGACCAAAGAGCCGCACGUCUUGAAGCCAAUCGUGUAAGAAAUUCGCAAUCAAGAGCGAACGAAACGUCGCUAGAACGCGAAGCGCGACUCAGUAGUGUGCGUAAAAGGACUGCACUGGAAACACCUGAGCAGCGUCAGCAACAUCUGAAUAGCCAAAGGACGAGGAUGUCCGAGCUUAGAGAAACAGAAACAACAGAACAGCAGCUUUUUCGACGUGCGGACAAUAGAUACAGGAUGGCUUCGCGAAGAGGUGAAGAGACCCAGGAACAGCGCGCUGACAGAGUUGACAAAUCGGAGACGGAUGGCUGA